AUGGAACACCCUCAAGACCUCGCUCAAUCCAAUUCGCAGCAGUCUGCAAAGGAAUGGGCCUUUCAACAAGACAACCACCUCAGAAUGGCUGCUGCUCUUAAUCAUGGAUCUUACGGUGACAGCUCUGGUAUUAUGACCAGGCAUAGAGCUGCUAUGGCUGCAAGGAACAUGCAGUCCCCUGGCACCAUACCGAAUGGUCUUACUGGCGCGGCAUUACCACACAACAUGAACUCACCGCUUAACUCCAUGUAUUCUCUCCAGACUCCACUUCCUAUUGGCAGGCUACCUCUGACUCCUACUACGGCUUCUAGUUCUUGCGUCACUCGCUCUACUUCCCCUACAAACAGUGUCGCUUCAACGUCCCAAACUUCCUUCUCGUUUCAGCAGCAACAAGCUCAGUCAGCUGCAGCAACGCCUUCUCCAAAGCAUUCUCCUUCUCCACAUUGGAUGUCAAAUCAGAUUCCAGGCAUUCAAUCUCUCAUGGCUCCCUCUCCCAGUGGCUCUUCAAACACUUCUGCUGGUAGCUCAAUUGGUCCACGUCGCAAAACUAAACUAAUCAACGAAACCCGACGUGCUAUUUGUGUGUUUGCUGAAGAGAACCCUAGUGCACGUCAAGAAGAUAUCGCUUCUCGUUACCAGAUUGAGCGUAGCACAGUUUCAAAGAUACUCAAACAAAAAGAUAAGUGGAAGUCUAUUAUUCCAGGUGGUGCGUCUGCACGCGUCGCUAAGCAUAGACCUUCAAAGUUUCCUGACAUUGAAUCACGCUUAUCCGCAUGGGCACAAGACUGUGCUUUAACCAACUACUACUUGACAGACCACGCUAUACGCGAAAAGGCUAAAACUGUCGCUCGCUCGCUCGGAUACCCUGAGGAAAAGUUUAAAGCGUCGUCAGGAUGGGUAGAAAAGUUUAAAGAGCGCAAUAAUAUUAGAAAAGGUAAAGUAAAUGGUGCUACAGCUUCUGGAAGUGGUACUCCUAGUGCUGUUAGCACUGUUAGUGCUGCUAGUAGCUUUGUUCAAGGACCUGAAUCAGAAAUGGGUAGUGCGACUCCAUCAGAACAUGAGGAGACUACCGAUUAUUUGGAAGAGGUCAACCAAGUAGAAUCUCCAGCAGCACAGUCUUAUACAUACACCCACCACCCUCAACAACAUCAAGUUCAAUCUUUGUCACAUUCACUCCCCGCUCAAACUAGACAUGAUGGUUCAUAUAUUAGCGCACCAAACUACGCUCUUUCAGAUCACCAUGCUAAUAAUCACCUCUUGGCACUCGCUUCAGCUGCUGUUGCUGUCGAUGAUCUUAAUCAUGAAAAGUACUCAGUCGAGCAAGAGAGGAUGGAUAAUGAGUUAGCAUGGAUAAUGGAGUUGAAGAGAAAAUUGAGUCAUCAACCAACAAUGGUCGACUUGAUUAAAUCUGACGCUAUUCAAAUAACACGCUUUUACGAACAAGGUAGUCUUAGUGAAGGUGGUUUUAAGCAGGCUAUUGAAAUGCUUUGUGCAUUUACUGGCUUAGAUUUCACUUAUGGCGUAUACGAUAUCAGAUCAUACCUGAUUGAUCGCAUGAAUACAGUUCUGAGUAGAUUAUAG